UCUGGGACACUCCUUACUUAUUCACCCAACUGAGCGACUUGAUACGCUUUGCGGUCGUCUACAAUUCUGGCGGAUUGUAUACAGACACCGACAACUUGGCGCUGCGACCGUUCAUAAAUACUUCAAAAAAUUUCUUCCAAUCUCAAGACGACAUGGCUCGUUUUCCGAGCAAUUCUUUGUUUCAUUUCGAGCGCAACCAUCCGACGCCGAAGAAGUUUUUGACACUUCUUUCGGACACGCUCUCUCCUGUGCUGAGUCAUUUCAAUUAA